UGUGCGCCGCGCCGACAAGACGAUUAGAAAUCUUCUCGAAACUAGGCGAGUGAAAAUAAGCUAGCAGAGGACAAAGCCGCAGUAGUAGAUAAAAUGAGCUUGCCACCUUCAGGCUAAGUGCUUGUAGUACAGUGACCAAGCAGAGAAGCUGAGGGUUUUGCCGCUGUCAGGCGAUGGCUUUUGUCGUCAGUGACAAUGCGAGAGAUGAAGAGGUUAUCACCUGCGGGUGAAGGCUUGUGUUAUAAGCAGGAGGAAAGUCCUAGUUGGCCGCCAGUGGGUGAAGACGUGUUUGAAAUUUCAGCGCACGAAACCACUUUUUACCGGCGAAUACGUUUUUUAUUAGAGUGUGGACAUUUAACGACGUGAGCAUACCUGGGAGAGAAACUUCAGAAGCAGCAGAACGACAAUCUCACCGGACUUUGGGAGUACGGCUGCUCACCUGUACAGUCGGUGCCAUGGUCGCGCUGCCUCUGAUGGUUCCCGAGGACGGGCUGUGUGCCAUCAUAUUCUACAUGGACGUGUUCUACAACAGUAAAAAAAGAAACAUAGAGCCGGUAUACAGCAAUACCGCCUUCAACGUUAUUAAAUCCAUACUGAAGAAGUAUAGGAUGACAUCUUUCGGGCUCUCCAUGUUUCAAGGGACAGUUGGCCAGUCCAUAGAAAAGAAUAAAAACUUUAUUCGUUCUGGCUUGGGAUAUCUCUACGCCGAUGGAUGGGUGCACUUGGGUAUGCUGAAUGUGGAUAACAUGUUUGACUACGACAAACUGAAAAAUGAACCACUGAAGUACUUAGAGGUUGCGAGAGCAUUCCUCGAUUCUAAGAAGCCCACUUUGCCUCAGCAUCACGUCGCCUUGGGGGUCGGUAUGAGACAUUCUGGUGAUGGUGACAGGCUUCUGGACAAUGCUGAUUUAGCACUCAAGGACUUUCCAGCUGUAUCGAUGUUAGUUCUAAAGGUACACCUGGAGUAUUCUACUGACAAAUCGAUUGUCUACACUUUACCGCCGAACCCGGAUCAGCUGAACAUAAGGUCGAAGGGCCUCAUUUCACUAGCGUCACUGGGUGCCGACGCGAAGGCGCGGUUGACAAACAUGACCAACCAUAACAAAACAUACGUCCUCCUUUCAUUCGCCAUGUUCGGGCGCGGGUACCGCAUGGAUAAUUCGUGGACUGACCCCGCCUUAAGGCCCCAAGCUAUGCAUGGCAUUAAUAUGGAUUACCGAACCUUAUGCAAAGAUGCCAGCGGCAGUGACACCGCAGACUCAAUGUCCACGUUCUACGCCAAUACAACCACCAAAUUUCUGGCGAUCUUUGACACCAUCGACAACAUCCGGGACAAGAUGAAACCGUCGCAAGAGAUCCAGCUUACCGUUCUACAACAGCGGCAUAAUGGCGUAUCGAGUGGAAAUGGAUGACUGGGCUGACAACUGUGGCAACGGAAGCUUUGCUCGACUCAGAGCCUUGAAGGAAACACUGUCAAGGUGACGACGUUACGCCCAGGGAGGCCGCUGUUACUGCAUCUCCGUUGUGCUGGUCAGGUGUUCAGAGCUCUCUUCGGUACUUCCCUAUUAUGCGGACCUUCAAAGGCGUCGGUGUCAGGAGAAUAAGCACUUCUGUUUUUGCACACUUGCGUUUGCUUUUAUGACUCUUUGACGGCUAUCUUCUUCCUUAGCAUAAACAGGGUUAUGACGGCGAGAAGAUGGUGUGAGUUUGAAGACCUCUUUGUGAGUCAAUGUGAGUGAAUGGGAAAUAGACGAAAGAAAUGGUUCUCUAA